AUGCUACAACAGCAACAAUUGACUCGUAGUAGUGCUCGCACCUCGGCGUUAGAUCCGACAACAACUACCGACUUUGUUCAUGUGUGGUCAUCACGAAAAGACAUUGCUGAUCUGCGUGUCAAAUUUAUAUACCAGUGGAUUAUCGGAUGUGUUCCACUUUGGAUAUUCAUCUUUAUAAUGUGCGUGUUCUAUCUGGGUUCUGGACAUAAUCCGAAUCGAUACACGAACAAUCUAGAUGUUGCUAUAGUCGAUUUUGAUGGUGAACAAGCAGGUAGCUUCUCUCUCAAUGCUUUUCGAACUACACCACCUGGAAAUUUGACUCUUCACUGGGAAUACAAGAAUCCGAAUGACUAUGGCAAUAGUGUGAAUGAGGCUCAACAAGCUGUCGAUGAUGGACAAGUGUGGGCCAUUGUAGUACUUCGACCAAAUAUCACGUCAACUAUUAAUAAGUCUUUAUAUGCUCUGAUCAAUUCUACAACAUUGGUGACUUACCCAUUUGUUAAUACACCUCCUGUACUUGUUACCUAUGAUGAAGGACGAAACCCAUUUACUCAAAACGUUUUUGUAUUACCACCUAUUCGUGCAGCCAUUGCGACAGCCAACCAUCAGUAUAGUCAAGCACUUCGUACAACAAUCAGUUCCAUUUUAUCAUCUACAGCUUCUUCAAAUAGUAAUCGAACAUUGCAGCUGCAGAAUUCUCUAAGUCUUAAACAGCUCCUUGCCAAUCCAUUCGUUGUACAAUAUAAUAAUCUUCACCCUGCUCUUCCUUAUGUGGGUAUGUUUGAGUCUAAUAUUAUUGGAACUAAAAGAAAUCUUGAAAUUGCUGUCAAAAUUCUAAACUUGUUCUCUAAAUAA